AUGGCCGAUAAACCCACAAAUCCGCCGCCUCAGCCGCCAUCGGCGGCGCCGCAGACAACGGGCUCCGGCGAUUCGAAGCCGCUGCCUCCCGAUCCAGUCCCUCCGCCGGCAACUUACAUUGUCCAGCUCCCUCGGGAGCAAAUCCUCCGCCAACCGCCGCCGGAGAAUGCCAAGAAGAUGGCGGCGCUCACCCGCCGCGAGGACCGCCGGAGGAGGAGCUGCUGCUGCCUCGCCCUCUACCUCAUCGCCGUCCUCGUCGUCCUCGCCGCCGUAUCCGCCGUCGCGUUGUACCUCGUCUUCGAUUUCAAGUCGCCGGAGUACGCCGUGACCGCCGUCGCCGUCCGCGGCGUGAACUUGACGUCGCCGGCGCCGAUCUCUCCGGGAAUCGCGGUCAGCAUCCGAGCGGAGAACCCCAACAGCAAGGUCAGGAUCUAUUACCUGAGGGACAGCGCCGCCGGCGUUUAUUACGGCGGCGUCGAGCUGAGCAACGGCGUUUUGCCGGAAUUCUGCCAGCCGAGGAGGAACGUGACUGUAGUGCGGGCGGCGCUGGCGUGGUCCGGCGUCGAGCUGCGUGGCGCCGUUGUGACGGCGUUGAGAAACGCCCAGCGACGGCGGACCGUGCCGUUGGCUGUGAGAGUGGAAGCGCCGGUGAGGUUUAAGGUGGGGUCCGCAAAGACGUGGGAGAUGAUGAUCGAGUUGAAAUGCGACGUCGUUUUGAAUGCUUUUAGUGAGAGGGCAGAGGUUCUGUUCCAAAAGUGUGAUCAUAGUGUGAGGUUGUACUAG